CUGACAAGGGCUAGUGCUCACCAAGUAAACACACAGACACUCACACACACAGACACACACACACAGAGCAGAGGAGCUGUUCAUCAUGGCUAGCCGCGGUGUCCUGUGCUGUCGGUUGUUAGACAGACACAACGGCACCGGAGGAGCGAUAGCACAGUUAGGAAAACUCUUCGCACGAUGCGCAAACAGGAAAUUUCAACGCUACUCGAGCGCUACGCACAAGGAGAAUGAACUUGAACUUGGAGACUCGACUUCAGCUGCUGCCAACUUCGCCGCUUCCCUGAAAACCGGGUCAACUCAGGAGCUGGUUUCUCCUAGGAGUCGGAGACAAAGGUUGAAUGACAGUGACAUACCCUUCUCGGCAUUCUUGACUGACAGCUUUGGCCGGAGGCACAGCUACUUGCGCAUCUCCCUGACUGAGAAAUGCAACCUGCGCUGUCAGUACUGCAUGCCGGAGGAGGGGGUGAAGCUGACGCCACGGGGACAGCUGCUGUCCACCUCAGAGGUACUGACGUUAGCCCGCCUCUUCGUCCAGGAGGGAGUGGAGAAGAUCCGCCUCACUGGAGGAGAGCCGCUCAUCAGACCUGAUGUACUGGACAUUAUUGCGGAGCUGAGGAAGUUAGAAGGCCUGAAAACCAUUGCAGUAACAACCAACGGCAUGAACCUGGCCAGGCUGCUGCCUAAGCUGAAGGAAUCAGGCCUCGACCUAAUUAACAUCAGCCUGGAUUCACUGGUGCCUGCAAAGUUUGAGUUCAUUGUGAGGCGGAAAGGAUUCCACAAAGUCAUGGAGGGCAUUGAUAAAGCCAUUGAGAUGGGCUACAAUCCUGUCAAGGUCAACUGCGUAGUCAUGCGGGGGCUCAAUGAGGACGAGCUGCUGGACUUUGUGGCUCUGACAGAGAAGAAGCCUUUGGAAGUGCGCUUUAUUGAAUACAUGCCCUUCGAUGGCAACAAGUGGAACUUCAAGAAGAUGGUAAGCUACCAGGAAAUGCUGGACCGCAUAAGGCAACAGUGGCCGUCCCUGGAAACACUUCCUUCUGAACAUGCAGACACAGCUAAGACAUUUAAAGUCCCAGGCUUCAAAGGCCGGGUGGGCUUCAUCACCUCCAUGUCUGACCAUUUCUGUGGUUCCUGCAACCGGUUACGCCUCACCGCAGAUGGCAACCUCAAGGUGUGUUUGUUUGGCAACUCUGAGGUUUCCCUCAGAGAUGUUCUGCGCUCUGGGGCAUCAGAUGAAGACCUACUGCAAAUCAUUGGUGCUGCUGUGGGCAGGAAGAAGAAACAACAUGCAGGCAUGUUCAAUAUCUCCCAGAUGAAGAACAGGCCUAUGAUCCUCAUUGGCACCACAUCCCAGAAGCCUCUGUCUCUGUCAGAGUCACAAGACAGCCAGAAGGUUUCCCCCCUUUUUUCCCAGCUUACACAUCCCGCAUUCCUCUCUCAGGCAGCAGCUGCUCAACUGUGCCACUCAAGCAGGGGGAAAGUCCUUGAUAAACAGGUUGUUUUGUGCCUUCCAGGCUGCAAUGUUUUAACAGGGACAGCCCAUAUUCACUUUCCAGGGAUCUCUGUGAGUGAGGGUACCCAUCGUAGGUCACAUGCCAACAAAGGACAACAUGGAACUAACACCCUCCAUAGUUUUAAAUCCCUUCAUUCUUUUAAGUCUAAUGAUAUUCUUAAGACUGUGGACUACGCUAGACGCACAAAAGUAAUGAGCUACAUUCAUAAAGACUGUCUCAGGUACACACAUGUGGUGAGUGCUAAUGUAUGUAAGAGACACUUCAUCACGACCCCAGGAAUUCCCUCUCUUUGCACACUACUUGAGAAUGCCAAAUUAAGUCCUAGUAAGCACUACAGUAUUAGACUGUGCCACAAGCAAACUUCCAGUGAAGAAGCCAAUCAGUCUGCCAACGAUCAGAACAGGUCCGGCACAAAUCCCUCCAACACCCCCAAAUUGGACAAUACCACUGCAGCCCAGCUCACACAUACAGAUGCCCAAGGACGAGCCACCAUGGUGGAUGUCGGUGGAAAACUGGCCACACGUCGAACUGCCACCGCCCGCGCCACCGUCAACUUGGGUCCCACUGCCUUCCGGCUGCUACGGGACAACCAGCUGGCGAAGGGCGAUGCAUUGGCCGUGGCACAGCUCGCCGGUAUCAUGGCUUCCAAGCAGACCUCAGCCCUCAUCCCGCUUUGCCACCCGCUCCCCUUGGACCAUGCCUCUGUCACCUUUGACCUUGAUGAGCUGCGGAAUGCUGUGGUCGUCACAGCAACCUGUCGCACUACGGGUAAGACAGGAGUAGAGAUGGAGGCCCUGGUUGCUGUUACCGUGGCAGCACUGACCCUGUACGACAUGAGCAAGGCAGUGAGCCAUGACAUCAGCAUUACAGACAUCCAGCUGGUCAGCAAGACUGGCGGCAAGAGGGACUUUCACCAUCAGCCGUGACCAAGCACCCUUGACCCCAGGCUUCCAUUAUUCACUGCACAUUGUCUUACCGAAUGAAAUCGCUGAAUCAGAACACAGAUUCAGUGAUUUAACACUAAUUCUGAACACUGUUACCAUUUCAGCACCAUACUGCCAGCCUCCACCUGUAGUUCUCUCAGUUUCCUAGUUCUCUUUUAUUUUACACUUGCUAACAUAGUCAUGAAUGCUUCCACUGAGCCAGUAGACCAGACACACACAACAUGAAUUAUGUUAUCUCACCUCAGUUCAUGGGUAUCACUUUAUAAUAGCCAUCAUAAAGAAAUGGUGCACUGACAGAUGAUUUUACCAUUAACAAACAAUGAAAUGAAAAUUAAUAUUGCUUACUUAUUAUACAGUAAUUUAUCAACCAUUUAUUGUUGCACUUAUUGUAACAUUCAUAUUAAGUAUUUGUUAAUGAUUCCCUAAUAAUUUUUAAACCUUUAAGAAUUAAUUUGUAAAACAUCUGCAAAAAAUGUUUUACAAACCAUUUACGAAACCCAUUCACACAAAGUGUUAUAAAAUAUCUGGUCCAUAUAUCUAUGUGAUGUUUGUAGAUGUUUUACAAAUGAUUUCUUAAAGGUUUACAAAUCAUUAGGUAAUCAUUAAUAAAUGCUUACACUAGUGUAUAAAACACAAUGUGUGCAACAAUAGACUGUUAAUAAGUAAUUUAAUAUGUAAUUACUCAACAUUAAUUAUCAUUUCAUUGUUUGUUAACGGUAAAAAACAAAACAAAACUAUUAACUUAAGUUUAAUUAACUAUCAAUUUACCAUUCAUAAAUGGUUAUUAUGGUUAUUAUGAAGUGUUACAUGUCAGGGCAGAUGUGAGGGUGCAGUGUGUGUUUGUCUCUCAAGGUCCACUCUGGUCUGACAUUCUCAAGUGUCCGGCUUCCCUUCUGGUCUUGCUCUGAAGAAUGAACUGAAGACGAGCUAGAUGGUCCGUAAAAAUGAUGUGUUGAAUGUGGUAUCGAAUGUGUUGGCACAUACCCAUUGAAUGAAAAUUUUAUAUCUUUAUCAGUCUACAUGAACUGUGAUAGAGCAUUUGCCAAGUUAUUUUUUAUGAAUCUAGUUACCUUCACCGGAAAGAUGAGGCUGAAGGAAGCAGCAGCAGACUAUUGAGAGCAAAAGUGCACGCUGUAAUGUCCUGGUGAGUUUACCCAGGUAGCAGUCUGUACAUUGCACAUCAUGUCUAAUGCCAGGUGUAGAGGUCUUCUGGCUUGGAGUUCCUCGCUCAUAAAGCUCUUAAUCAUUUUGUCUCUGUUGUGUUCAUUGGUAAAAAUUGCACUCAAAAUAAUACAGAAGUUAUUAAUCAUGUGAAAUGAUUCAUGAGUAAAUAACACUUUCAUAUGCA